AACGCGCGGCCGUGAGCAACUUCGGCCAUUGGCACAAUAACAGUGAUCGUCUUCGUAGGAAGGAAUUAUUUUAUUCCACAUUUCUUUUCUAUCGUCCUUUAAUUUAGUCACCCGAAACAAUGGCAGACACAAAAGUUGAAUCCGGCUCGGACAUCUCGGCCAAGGACUUGAAGGAGAAGAAGCUUGUGGAGGAGAAGGAGAAUGGCAAAGAUGCUGCCACCAAUGGAAAAGAGAAUGAGGAGAACGGCGAACCGGACAUAGAUGACGAGGAAGACGAGGAGGUGGACGAAGAGGACGAGGAAGAUGACGCAGAAGGCGACGAGGAAGACGAGGAGGAUGACGACGACGAGCUGGAGGGCGGCACAAAGCGGGCGGCCGAUGACGACGAAGACGACGACGAGGACGACGUCGAGACCAAGAAGCAGAAAACCGACGAUGACGAUUGAGGAGUUUCCUUCUGUCGUGUCCUGCGGACCACUUCCUGGUCCUUCACCUCAGGGGGAGGGGCUGGAGGACAAAGAAUAAAAUAAGCAACAUGGUCAUUUAGCAAGUAGAGUUCAACAGCAUCAACAAAUCAACCCAAACUAAAUUCUCUCGAGGAACCCGACACCGCCCUGAUGCAGAAUUCCGGCUUCAACGAUAGCGACUCCAGAGGAGAAUUAGUUUGUAUUUUUAUUUACAUUUUAUAUUUUUGUACAUAUUGUUCAGAGGAGGGUUUCUCUCUGAGACCAAAUCGGUGCUUCUUCAACAGAAUCUUUGACCAUGUUACACCCAAAAAACACAUAAAAUCAAUUCCGCCGUUGAACUCUUGACAUUCCAGUAAAUUUAAUGUAUGUACUUUAGCUGUACCAUAACUACUUUGUUUGUAUGGGAGGGAAGGCCAAACGAGUCCUUUUUUGUCAACAAUUUGUUUUUGUUUUCUGACCGCCUGUUUUGAUGUAUGUGCGAAGUUUGUUGUUUGACAAUAAACCUGACUUUUAUUUUGUGAGUUUUA